AUGCUGAGUUUUUAUGUCAUUGGUCCAUAUCUCUGUAACUUUGUGUCUUGUUUCGUUGUGUUUCUUGUGGUGAGUGGGGGACCACAUUUCCGGUGGGUGACCUCUUCGGAUGCAACAGCCUAUCGCCAUGGUGCACACGCUCAUUCUCGCGAGAUAACAUCCGAAACGGAUAUCAUUGCUUUGCAUCGGGGACAAUCGGCUUUCGUGCCUGACUCAACAGAUGUCAGAGAGGAGAGAGUUCUCGACCGCGACAGCAUGCACCCCCUAGUCCCGGAGGAAUACUUGGAGCAAAACGUCUUCCCUUAUACCGCUGAGUUAGAGGAGAUUUCGACUGCAGUCGCUCCACCACCGGGAAUGCAUCCAUGGGAGGCAGAACAGGCUGUUGCAACCCUGAACUCAGCUCGCUAUCACGAGUUAAAAGACUACGAGAGAAAGAAGAAUGACUGGUUCCUAUCCAGAGUGUUCUCGGGGCUCAAAGGGAAGCCAAGUCCCACGGAAGAGGAACGUGCGUUCCGCGACAAACGGAAGAGGUACCGAAGCAACGCAUUCGUACAUUUCAUGGCAGAUCACGACACAGAUCAAUUACAAAAAUCAUCAAUUACGUAUGGAUCCCUAACUCAGCCUGUAGAACAAUACAUGGAAAUGAUCAACAAAGUGCGGAAGGACAGACUGAACAUCGAGGUGCGACCGGCACCAGCGACUCUGCCCGACCCAAGCGUGGCUUAUACCCCGUUCCACAGGGAGAUCGCCAAACAGAAGAGCCUCGAGAAAAUGUUUCGUGUGCACUAUAUGACCGGCGGAGGGCGCAAGUUCCAUUACUUUUUUAAUCCCGAAGAGGACUGCUACUGGAAACUUCAGCCGGAUGGGAUUGUCGCAUGUGUUCCGGCGAGGGAACUAGUUGAAAAACCUCACCAUGACCCGGCAAUUGCCGUUGCCGUGGACCAAACAGGCAUGUUCGAUACUCUGGAAGAAGCCGCGUCAGCGAUAAGCUUGGGAUGUGCAGACUUUUAUCUAGAGAAGAGUACCUGGAGUUACUAUUGUAUCCCUGCAUAUGAAGACCUGCGGGCCGAAGACUACAAACGAAUGAAGAGGUACAAGAACAGGUCCAAUGCGUAUUUGUAUCACCAGUGGGUCAUUGCGAAAGCCCAAGAGAUAGAGAUUCCUGAAAUCUAUAGACCCCCGCGCCCAACAGGAGGCAUUCCGCCUCCUCCGCAAGACGAAAACUAUAACCCUGCGGCUGCUAAGCUGACGGAAAAGAAAGAGGCAAAGCGCGCGAAAAAGCAGUCUGUGCAGCAAAUAGCGGCGUUCAUCGAAGAGAACAAGGCACAGCCGGAAGCUGUUAUUGACGCCGAGCACGUGCAGUACCCUCUCCAAGAAGGCGUGAUCAUUUUGAGGCCUGCUGGUUAUAGUGUGGAGCCCGCACCGGCCUUAGACUUGCAGAGCACUGCAUUACUGGCGUCAGUUAGCAAGGAGUUUGCAGAAUCUGUUGUGACAGCUUUCCUAGAAACUCACGAUCCGCAACUGCUCAGGCCCCCGAAUCCGCCGCAAGUCGUUGGAAGUUUUCCGCAACGGUGA